AUGGCCCAACGCGAGCUCACCAAGCUCGUAUCCCACCUCAAGUCCUCCUCAAGCACGCUCUCCUACGAUGACACCACCGGCCUGCUCUCGCGCGCCAAGCUGCUCCUGCUGCAACUCAAGGCGCUCACCCCGGCCACGACGACCGACCCGGCCCUUCUCUCGCUCGCCCGCGAUGUGUACGAGCAAGGCGCGCUGGCCUCGAUCCGCGCCAAGAACCCGGACGCCUUCACGCGCUACGUCUCCCAGCUCCGGCCGUUUUAUGAGCUCACCGGACCGGCGGGACAGAAGAUCAACAUUGCGGGAGGGGAGCGGAACAAGGUUACGGGCCUGUACCUUCUCCUGCUGCUGACGCAGGGGCUGUACGGCGAGUUCCACAGCGAGCUGGAGGCGCUGGCGACGCGGGAGGGCGGGGAUAGUGGCAUGGCAGAGGUGGAAGGGGAUCGGUACCUGGGGUAUCCGAUCCGGCUGGAGCGCUGGUUGAUGGAGGGGAGCUACGACCGGGUAUGGAAGGCAAUGAAGAAAGGGGAGGUGCCGUGUGAGGAGUUUGGGGUCUUCUCCGAGAUUCUCACUUCGCAAAUCCGCUCCGAGAUUGCCUCGUCCAGCGAGCGCGCCUACCCUUCGCUGCCGCUGUCAUCGACUAAGUCGCUGCUCUUCCUCGACUCUGAGGGUGCCGUAGUUGAGUUUGCGCGCAGUCGCGGCUGGACGAUUAAGGACGGCCAGAUCUACUUCCCUUCGGCGCAGGAGACGGGUGAGGAGGAGGCAGAGAAGCCGAUGAGCCAGAUGGUGAUCGAGAACACUCUGGGCUAUGCCCGGCAGCUGGAGACGAUCGUGUAA